ACGUACAGAGGAAUUUAACUAUGCCUAGGGGGAAUGGGGGUUGAGGCGAGGGAUAUAGUUCCUAGGGGGAAUAGUGUGGGAUGAGGGAUAUAGUUCCCAGGGGGAAUGGUGGUUGAGGCACGUUGCCACUUGCCGGAGAGGAUGUACAAUUGAUAGAUGAAUAUAUGCCAUUCAGAAUUCUUUGAGAAGUUCUUCUUCGGCCAUUUGAGACGCAAAUUAAUAUGACGAGCAUCCUCAAAAGUGAAGCCCUCAAAAAGUACAUUUUGGAAACUAAUGCCUACCCCAGAGAGCAUCCCCAACUCAAGGAAAUCAGAGAGGCCACCCUUAACAAGUACACUGAUUGGAGGAGAAUAAUGGGCGUGCCUGCUGAUGAAGGACAACUUAUUUCGAUGCUUCUAAAGAUCAUGAAUGCCAAGAAGACAUUGGAGAUUGGUGUUUUUACUGGUUAUUCUCUCCUCGCUACGGCUCUUGCUCUUCCGGAUGAUGGCAAGGUAAUAGCAAUUGAUCCAGACAGAGAAGCUUAUGAGGUAGGAUUGCCAUUUAUCAGGAAGGCUGGUGUGGAGAAUAAGAUCAACUACAUUCAGUCUGAUGGCAUGAUCAUCUUGAGCAACCUCCUCUCAAAUGAGAGACAAGAAGGGGAAUUUGACUUUGCAUUUGUGGAUGCUGACAAGGAGAACUACAUGAACUACCAUGAGCUCCUAUUGAAGUUGGUGAAGGUUGGAGGUGUUAUAGCAUAUGACAACACUUUGUGGCAAGGCAUUGUUGCCCAUUCUGAGCAUGAAGAAGUGGAGCACAAAUACAGGGAUACUAUAAGAAAGUUGAACAGUUUCCUCGCCUCCGAUUCCCGUAUCGAUCCAUCGCUCGUCUCCAUUGCCGAUGGUCUCACCCUCUGCAGGCGCCUCCGUUAGCCAAAUAAUCACGGAAGAAGUCGCAACAGUGCGGCCUUUUCUCUCUCUCUCUCUCUGGAAUUGGUAAAUGUGGCCUUUUCUUUAAAUCUUGCUGAAAUAAGAAAUCACCUUCUCCACUUUCUUGUGUAACUAUGUUCUUGAGGUGGUGUGUAAUAAAAUGUCAUUAGUACUCUUUACUGUAUUGUAAAGACUCUAUAUAGACUGUAUAUCAGUCAUCAGACGUAAUCCAUGGUAAGGAAUCCUCAUCUACCUGUUCACCA